AUGUUCGAUUCGUCAGGAACACAGGCGGCUUUUGACAAGCCAGCUACACGUCAGCCAUGCUCUAGGCAACAGGGCGCAGAGGACGCCAAACUUUCCCAAUGGCGAUACAUUGUGCAGAACUUUACACCAGCCUGGUUCUCUGUAAACAUGGGAACAGGGAUCGUCUCGAUUCUCCUCAACACCCUGCCCUACAACGGAACAUGGCUUUACUGGCUAUCGAUCAUAAUAUUUGCCCUCAACGUGCUCCUCUUCGGCAUCUUUCUCUCAAUAACUGCCAUCCGUUAUAUCCUCUAUCCUGAUAUCUUCCCUGUGAUGGUGGCCCACCCGGCCCAGUCUCUCUUCCUCGGAACGCUGCCCAUGGGCUUCGCUACGAUCGUGAACAUGUUCGUGUUCGUCUGUGUCCCGGCCUGGGGUGAAUGGGCGGCCUACUUCGCCUGGGCCAUGUGGAUCGCAGAUGCUAUUGUGUCAGUCCUGACGUGCUUCGGGAUCCCAUUUAUCAUGAUGACACGAAAGUCCGAAGCAGAUCUUUCAGCAAUGGGAGCCGCCUGGCUGCUGCCGAUUGUAGCAUGCGUCGUCGCCGCAGCUUCAGGAGGCAUAGUCGCCGAGGUCCUGCCUGAUCCGCAGUAUGCCCUGGCUACCAUCCUCGCCAGUUAUAUCCUCUGGGGUGUAGGGGUUCCGCUCGCUCUCAUGGUGAUUGUCAUCUACCUCCACCGCCUGAUGCUGCACAAGCUGCCCCCGAAGGCCAUUAUCGUUAGCACAUUCCUGCCUGUCGGGCCUCUUGGACAAGGAGGAUACGGAAUCCAAAAACUAGGAAACGUCGCCCGCGAAAUCCUUCCAAAGACGCACACCCUACACCCUGGAACUGGGGAGACACUAGACGACAUGGGCUUCCUGAUCGGGCUGCUGCUCUGGGCCUUUGGCUCACUCUGGCUCUUCUUCGCCGUCAGUUCGAUUCUCCGGGUCCGGAAGUUCCCAUUUAAUCUCGGCUGGUGGGCGUUUACUUUCCCGCUGGGGGUAUUCACGACAUGCACGACGCAGCUUGGGCGGGAUUUGCCCUCGAGGUUCUUUGCUGUUUUGGGGACGGUUUUCUCUGUGUGCGUGGUCUUGCUGUGGAUUGUGGUUUCGGGGCUCACCGUUCAUGGCAUUUAUAACCAGACUCUGUUCGUGGCGCCUUGUCUGAAAGAUCUACGAGAGAAGCGAGAGCGGAAUCUUGAGGCUGGGAGGUGA